AUGGACAAAAAGAAGAGAUAUGCCUGGAUUGAAGUAUUUCGAAGUGGAGACAACACAAUGAUAUAUGACCAUCUUGGGGUCAAGGAAAGCUUUAACGAGUUUUUUGAUGGUGUUAUGCAUAUAGAUAGGGGGAAAGACAUUCGUCGCUACUACCGAAUAUCGCUGCAUUUGAUCAUCUUUCUCAUAAUUCAAAAGCAGAUCAAAGACCACAUCGAUUCCAAGAAGCCUCUCUCCUCAGAAGAGCUGCGUAUCCUAGAGCUGCGCCCGCAGGAGCUCUUUUGGCAAGUCACAAAGAAGAUGCCAAAGGCGUUUGUCUUUUCGAAAGUCCCGGUUUUGACAGUCCCAGAUGAGCAUAUUGCAAACAUCAAAGAGAUUGCAAAAGAACUAGCCAAUCUUGGAGGAGGAAAAGAAAAACCGCCGGCUAUUUUGUGCUACCAGGCCGUGUUAACUCGAGCAUUGCGUGGGGAAGAAACAUUGGGCAUUGGCCUGUUCCGCGAAGACGGGUUUAAUUUAGACACGAUCCAGGACGUCUUUAAACAAAUGGUUAAGAUGAAACAAAACCAGAUUGUUUACCAAUUCUAUUUGAAGUACGAAACGGUCUAUUUCAUGAAUCUGUAUUGUCGACAUCGCGAGAAACGAACGGAUCGAAUGUUUGCUGAUGAAGACAUUCAGUUUGUCCAAAAGAAACGAGAUAGAGAUGAAGGAAUUCUACCCGCCAAUGCGUCACCUGGAACCUAUGAAGUACGAGUAACCGAUCGCAAGUUUGUGAUUAUUCUACACGUCGCAGUAAUGGAGUUUAUAAAGCGAAUGGGCUUCUCCCGAAGUGCUGAAGCACUACUUCUCUCUAUCUUACGGACCUUUUUGUUGAAAGAGCGACUUCUCGGCUACUUUGCCGACUACUCUGCAGAGAUUAUGCUAAUCGCAUUCUCGUACAUUGCUUUACAUGCCAGCCGCCGCAAAGUAUCCCUGACCAAAGUCUUUUCUGUUUAUCAAGAGAUUGGGUUUGUCGUUCCUUUUUGUUUGGUGAAAGACCGCAACUAUACGGUAACAAUUGAAGACCUGACCAACCAGGCAAUUAUUAAGACCUACAAUAGUCUGCUGCCUUCAAUUAUCCGAAAUAUUCGGGUUCCCAAAAGACCUGCCGAGCCAAGCACGCCCAGCUCCAUCACCACACCCAAGCGCAAAGACCUUCAAGGUCAAAAGUACAUUCUAUCUCCUCUAUCCGGGCGAAUGAGCCAAAUUCUGCCUGUAAACAAGCCGUCCAGAAAGAUCCUUUUCAAAGACAGCAGUUAA